ACGCACGCGGAUGUGCAGUUCCGCUGCACAAGUUCGUCUAUAGCGCCGUCGAUACUUAAAACAGUCGCUUGGCUGACGUCUGACAGUAGUUAUUCGACGGAUUUCGCGCAAAAAACCCGCGGACUCGAGCAGUAUACCUAGGUAUAACAUCGGUAUCCUAUCCUUGCGUAUCGCGCUCGUCCCAUAUGCCGCAUGGCCAGCACAACUACCUACAACAAUAAAUCAUUAUCGUAACAACUGCUGCGGCUGUAGCAUAGAAAUAUUAAUCGUUGUUAUUAUUGUUGUUGUUGUUGUUAUUAUUUUUAAAUCGUUACAAACACGCUCGUUCGAGUUCUCCGUCCCGCAAGGCCUUYCGUAGCGGAACAAUAAUUCGAUUAUAACGUCAUAAUAAUCAUAAUAAUAGUAUACGGUUGAGAUGGGCGACAAGUAUUACGUCUGCUGGUUCGUCUGGACUAUGAUGGUAUUUGCCAUCCCGCCGAACGCUUUCGUUCAUUCCGCCGACGAACCGAGUGAAUACGAGUACACAGAUCUAUGUUUUCGGGACGACCCAAAAAUAGAUGUUUGCAUCCGCAAAAGAAUUAACAACGUGAUGGAGGAAUUCCAUAAAGGUAAUGAUGAAUUUGGUAUGCGUGAAUUUGACCCAUUACACUUGGACACUCCGUUACAUUUCGAACAUAAGGCCCGACUGAUUGGUGGAAAAAUCUCGGUUAAGGACAUGAUGACUGAAGGUUUGACWACAAUGAAAUUGGUAUCGCUCAGAUCAAAACUUCAAAACCCGAACAAAAUGGAAGUGGGAUUUACCACGAACUUCAAAAACUUAUUAAGCUCCGGUCAGUAUCAGUUCGAAGGAUAUUUGGGGCGUAUGCCAAUCAACGCCAACGGCCGAUACAACAUAACAUUCAAGAACGUCGAAACGAGCUACGUGUUGAAGGCCAAGCUCAAAGAAAUGGAAAAUAGCACGUCGUACGUGCAAGUCGAAAGUUUUCGCUCGUAUCCGCCGAAAUUUGGUGAAACGAAAAUCUUUGCCAGCGAUCUAGUGCCGGGGAACGCGGUGUUGAAAUCAUUUAAGCCAUCACAUAGUUCAGGUUCUUCAUCAGGUGAUUCUGAUAGUGUUGGCUUAACUUAUGAAAAAUCUAAUUCAUCACCAAGAAUUUUUCUGUCAUCUUGGUCGUUGCUACUGUUGGGUACAUUUUUUAGAAAUUGGGCUACACAAACAAGUUUCAAAUUACUCUUAAAAUGUAAAGAAUUUGGAAUAUGUUGA